UGCGCGCUGACAAACGUCGCCCUGUAAUGUCACGUGAAACCCAGAUAUUCAGAAUUAUUAUUUCCAUGUAAACUCCAAGGAAAAUAUUUUAAGUCCAAACAAUUUAAUCCAGAACAAUUAAAAAACAUCAUGUGAACGUGGCCAUUGUGUUCUAACAGUGAGUUUUUUAAUCAUUUCAAUACCAGGUUUAACAUUUGUGCGUUUACCUUUUGGAUAUUUCGUGGCAAAGUACAGUGUGAUAAAGAGUAGAGGGGUGUGCAAAAAUAUUGAAAUAUCGAUAUAUCGUAUCGUUUAAUGUGAUGACACAGUAUCGAUAUUGUGGGCUGCUCUAUCGAUAUAUCACCAAGAGUAUUUUUGGUUUAUUUUACUAAAUGAUUUUGUUACAGCUACAGUUUCGUUGUUUGUUUAGUGGAAGGAAACUCGUUUGACAUUUUCGCUGUUUUGAGGAUUAAAAUGUUUGUGUUUCAUAUGAACUUUGCACAAGAAGUGGUUUAACAAAGAUUUUCCAUGAUUUAGCCUUUAUUUUUUACUGAACCGUAUCGAAUCGAAAGCGCACUGUAUCGAGGUUUGUCUCAUAUCAGUGACUUCUUAACAACACUCGGCCUCAGUCAACAGGGAAACGUGGCUCUUGCCCCGUCUGGGAGUAUGACAUCAUCACAUUCUAGAACCUGAAAACCUCCCAGUUCCAUCAGGUUCACGGCGCCGAUGACAUCAUACAUGUAAAGUUCCAUAAAGCCUUGUUACCAUGGCAACUCCGGAACUCAAAGCUAAACUUCAGAGCUCUGUGGGCUUUAACUCAAAGCUUUGUUUGGCCUCGGGGAGAUUAUAGGAGUAGGCAAAUCGAAAAUCACAAAUCGAAAAUCACAUAUCGCUUAACGGAAAAGGCACAUUUAGCUGAGCUUGACACAGAGCAAAUCGUACAAAGAUUUCAAACAGUAGACUUCACAGAGGAGACUUUACAGAGUAGAUUUCACAGAGUAGGUCGCACUUUUUAUCUGCGUAACAAAAUGGCAACCUCCGGUAGAAUUUUGAAAGACAAAGAAGUGGAUGGUUUGCCAAAGUUCCCAGUCCUGCCGCCAAUUGACACAAAGGUCGACGCUGUCAAAGAGACAUGCAUGUUGAUUCAUCAGAAACUUCAGAAGCGUCGAAAAAAGAAAAUGCUAAAUGACCAACGUCGAUUGUUAUUGGUGUCCAGGGCCACGGCUGCCUAUAGACGGUGCUUGGAUAACGAACCAGAGAGCUCAUCACCAGAGCCACAGUUUCCACCCUCUAUGAUCAGUGAAGACCAGAUGGAACGGAUGAAUUAUGCAUUUUUAAAGAAACGUGUGGAAAGUGGUCCAUUUACUCCAAUACAACAAGAAUGGCUGCACUCCAUCACUGGCCGACUCCUGCCUGAACUUAAAAAUACUCCAAGAACACAGGCACUGUUACAGGAGCUCUGCACAGAAGUGAGCGAGGACUUCCGUAAUGCAAUUGUCAAACAUACAGUGGGCUCAAUUUUAAAAGAACCACACAAACAGAAUACUGAGAAACAGGAAGUUACUUCACUUGAAAUUUUGGAUUUCUCACAACCCCGGCACGAAAGCUUUGUCCAAAGCCACAGGAAGAUCAAAGCAAAUUUGCACAUUCUUCAUCCAGUGAUGCAGAUAAUACUGGACAUCAGUUACACCACAUUUUCUCCAAUAGUCUUAGCUGAUCUUUCAGAUUACAGAGUUUCAGGGCCUGUUGACUGUAAAAGUUUACACAAUAAAAUGGCAUUGGAGUGCAAGAGAACAGAAGAGCACAUAAUGAACACUUGGUUUCCGAAAAUUAUUCAUCUGCUAACCCUAAGAGAUACAGUAAAGGGUAUUAAAGAAGAGAAGUUGGACUCUUUUUACAACUGUGCAUCCACUCUUAUGUCCAAUCUGCUUAAGUCCCUGCUUCAUAAAAGUGUAGCACAAUAUGCUAGUCUUUUUGAUGAAAAGAAUCAGCACAGCCUGCCUUUGUUCAGAAUGUCUCUGACAUUUGAUGAUGAAAAGAUGGAGAUUUACCCAACCUUACAAGAUCUAGGGGGAGCCAUUUUUGGGAUUCUUAAUUCAAUAACAAGUACACUGCAGAAAGUACCGACUGUCCAAUCAUGGCUGGCUCAGUCAAAAUCUUCAUUUGUGGACGCUAAAGUGGCUGAUCAUAUAUGGGGUAGUGCUAAUGCCAUACUGAAGACAGCGGUUGAAAAAAAUUUAGAGGAACCCGACAAACAUUUCCAGAGUUAUGUUGAAAAAUAUGCAUGGCUUGUUAAUGGAACUGCACAAACUCAAGUGAAGUUGUUCAUGGAGGAGGAGCAUUCUUUUGAAGAAUAUACUCAGAAAGUGGAGGAGUUCCAUCGUUUGUCCAAAGAGAUUAUCGACCUUCCAGCCAAAGCCCACUUCACAAUGGUCCAUCUGGAUUGUGAAGAACUAAAGCAGGGACUAGCCAACAAAGCUAAACACUUUGCUGAAGAACUCAUCAAGAAACUAGUUAACAAUCACAGAGUGCUUAAUGUGGAGAUUUGUUCAGAAUUUGAAACAAUCAAGGAGAAUGCUCAGAAAGUACCAGAAAGCACAGAAAAGAUGGUUGAAAUGAUUGAAUACAUCAACUUUACCAAAACAACAGGUCUCUCACAACUCCAGAAGAAAAUAUCUGAAUCCCUUAAAAAAUUACUGUACCUUGUGGAUGUCCACAUAUUUGAGCCUGAUGAUCUGAAGCUUCACAAAACUGUAUUUCUGUGGCCACAAAACAUCAUGCAGGCAUUUGAACUAAGUGAUGAGGUGAUAGAGAAAGCUAAGUAUAAAGGAAAACAUGAGCUGAUUGCCACAAGAGAAAAACUAAUGGUAGAGUUGACUAAAUUAGCCCACAGAAUUCUUGAUUUCCCAGAAUGCUCAGAGCUAGACCUGAUUCCACAGUAUGUGGCAGAUAUUAGGAUUGUUCAGAAACUGAUCCGGGAGGCAGAGGAAACUGUAGAAUACAUCAAUAAAGAAGAAAAAGUUUACGACAUGGCGCAAACCAGUUACCCAGAAGUAGCUGCAAUUAAAGAGAGCAUUGAACCUUACCAGAAACUCUUUGGGCUUGUGCUGGAGUGGCAGCACACAGAAAAAAAAUGGAUGGAUGGAUCUUUCCAGGGCCUGAAUGGAGAGAGCAUGGAAGUGGAAGUUGAUGAAUUCUUCAGGAACGUUUUCAAGAUGUUAAAGUUUUUCCAACAGAGACAGAGUAAAGCUGGGCAAGAGGGUGCAGAAGAUUCAAGCAAAACUGAGAGUCCCACUGCAACUUUGUGCAGUACUGUGUUACAAGAGAUCAAAGAGUUUAAGGAGCAUGUUCCUCUUGUGUCCAUUCUCUGUAAUCCGGGCAUCAGACAACGCCACUGGGACCAAAUGUCAAAAAUAGUAGGAUAUGAUAUUACCCCAGACUCUGGCACUACACUAAGAAAAAUCCUAAAACAAAACCUCACUCCUUACCUAGACAAGUUCGAGUCUGUCAGUGCAGCUGCUAGUAAAGAAUUUUCUUUUGAGAAAGCCAUGAAGACUAUGGUGACCAUAUGGGAUGAUGUUGCUUUCCACCAUCAGCCUCACAGAGAGACUGGCGUAUCUAUUCUAAUAUCACUGGACGAGAUUCAAACUAUGCUGGAUGACCAAAUAGUUAAGACUCAGACAAUGAGGGGCUCACCAUUUAUUAAGCCAUUUGAACAUGAAAUCAAGGCAGGUUACUGAUAUUUUACAAAAACAUGUCGGGCUUACUUCACAUUAAUUGAUUUUCUUUUUUUUAUACAGAGUUGGGAAGAUCGUUUGCUUCGUAUCCAAGGAACCAUUGA